ACUCUCCCUGGUGCUCUGUGCCUAAUCGACCCCGGCUGCAGAAGACACCUGAGCUGGGACACAAAGGACAACAGCAUGGCCAGCCUGAAGACUCCGCUCCUGGCUGCCCUUGUCUUCCUUGCUCUGAUACUUCAAGCAACUGAGGCAGGUCCUUACGGCGCCAACGUGGAGGACAGCAUCUGCUGCCGGGAAUACUUCCGUCACCCUCUGCCCCUGCGCAUGCUGAAGUUUUUCUACUGGACCUCGGACUCGUGCCGGCGGCCCGGCGUGGUCUUCCUAACUGUCAAGGACCGGGAGAUCUGUGCUGACCCCAGAAUGCCCUGGGUUAAGAAGAUUCUCCAGAAACUGGACCAAUGAGGGAGGGCCCUGCCCUGACGACCAUGGCCUUGGCUCCUCCAGGAAGGCUCACAGAGCCACACCUCCCGGCCAUUACAGCUGCCCUCCAGCACAAACCUGUGCCAACGAAUCUCUCCGCCAUCUUUCAUCUCUGUCCCUGAAGCUGUCACCCUCAGACGAGCCUCCAAACUGUCACUCAUCUCCCCUCUUAUCCCUCCAGUCCAUCCUCUGCCCCACCAUAGCCAGAGAGGCCACAGUCCUGCUCAGUUACUCCCUGGCUCCCCAUCGCCCCAGGCUGAGGUGAAACUGGGGAGCCUGGCACUCCUGUCUCCCGCCCUGCUUCACUUUCCUUUACGCAUGUUGGACUCCAGCUCCCUGUUCUCCAAACUCACGCCGUACAAUCCACUUCCAGGUCUUUCUCUAGCUACUCCUGAUGCCCAGGAUGUCUCCCCAUCACCUGUGCGUGUCCAACCUUCCCGGCCCUCCAAGGCAUUGCUCAGCCCAAGCAACCAGUUUUAUUUUUCAGAUGUCCCCUGACCCUCUGCCCCCUCUUAACAGCCCUGAUCACAGCCUGCCCAGAAUUCUCAGGACUUGGGGGCUUGUCCUCCAGUCCCACUGGCUGGACCGAGGUCCCACACCUGAGUUACUUUGUCUCCUGGCCUCUAACACAGAGCGCAGAGUGCAGGGCCUGGCUCAGAAUCAGGGCUCAAUGAAUAGUUACAGUAUCAAUAAAAGUAAUGUUCGUCUCCCAGCCCCCACCCCUGAAAGACCCUCACGCAUCGAUACAGAGACCCAAGUUCAUUUAGAAAGCAGCCAGCUGAGUCAAUUGUGAAGCCUCAAAUUUGCCCAGAUUCACCUCUCUUCCCCAUUUUACUUAUGUUUUGGGUCUCUUUACUCUUCUUGUUUCCCUCUGGUCUUAACUGCUCCUCCAACCUUCAACCUCUUCAGAGUCCCCCACUUUCCCUUCUCUUUUCCCAAAAAACCAGUAACCAAAUUUUCACUAUGGUGUGAAUGACUGCCCUUGGCUUUGUAUUAACAAGGUCUGGCUAUAUUUCUGUAAGGAAAGAGGGCAAAUGCUUAAGAGGCCAAGUGGAUGAAUGGAAGAAUUUUGGGAACUGUGUGGGAGGGGGACAAGGUGGAGAUCUUCUGGCCCUGGGAGUGUGUGGGGGCAUAGCUGAAUGAAAGAGCCUCGGGUGGAGAUUGUUCUCAGGUGGCAGGGAUUUGGGGCUUAUCUGCACUUCCUUGUGGACCAUAGAUUCACCAGGCAAAAGAAAUAAACUUUAUACGUGCUUGUUUCUUUCUAAGGGGCCUGGGCAGUGCAGCAGGGUGCUCAUUGCUCUGGGAUUCUGAGACCAUUGGACUUCUCUGAGCCUCACUUGAGAAUGAGAAUACCAUCUUCUGGGGUGGCUAUGGGGCUUAGGUCCAAGACACGGGGAAUAAAACUCCUCCCUGGAUGUUAACCUGCCCACUGUCCAUGCAUAGGGCCUCCAAGCAUCCUGGGAUUUCCCCUCCCCUCCUGUCCUGCCGUGUCACUCAGGCCUUCUUAA